AUAAAUCAUGAAAACAAAAAGACAAGCCCCAAAAAACGAAACAAUGGAUCAAAUUUCAGCCUAGUGGCUAUACAUCUUGUGUAUCACCAUUCACGUACCUCCUCUACUUUGAACACAGUUGGAGAAGACAAAAAAUAUACUAAAGCAUUUCCUUUUUUUUUCAGUUUUAACAAGAUAGAAAGCGAUUAAUUAACAAGUGAGAGUUAAGGAAGGAUUUGUUAAAAAGAAAAUGGGGAAGGGGAGGACAAUUGGUGUGGCAGUGGAUUUUUCAAAGAGUAGCAAGGAAGCUCUAAAAUAGACAACUGAAAAUUUGGCUGGAAAAGGUGACUCAGUUUACUUAAUCCACAUCAAGACUCAUACUCUCAGUGAGUCCCGUGACCAGCUCUGGGCGAAAACUGGCUCUCCUCUGAUUCCAUGGGUGGAGUUUAGGGAGCCAGAUGUGAUGAAGUAUUAUGAUAUCAAGAAGACUGACGUCCAAGUUGUUGAUUUACUUGAUCCAGCUACUAAGCAGAAAGAGAUAAACAUUGUUGCAAAAGUGUACUGGGGAGAUGCAAGGGAGAAAGUGUGUGACUCUAUUGAAGAUCUCAAGUUGGAUUCUUUGGUCAUGGGUAGCAGAGGUCUAAGUACUAUCCAAAGGAUAAUGUUGGGAAGUGUAACAAACUAUGUAUUGAACAAUGCAGCAUGUCCUGUGACUAUAGUAAAAGAUCCUGAUUUCCACAAGCAUUGACCACAACUGUCUCCUCCAACGUGAGCUGUGAUAAUCAUUGAAUCAGAAUGUUUUUAUACACAUUAUUUCUUUUGGAGCUUAAGAUAUACACACUGAUAUACUCUAUAAUAUAAAGAUUUUUUUACAUUAUUAGAAUAAUUUAACUGCUGUUAAUUAUAACAUGUUAGUAUUUGGUAGUUAUCAUAGUAUACACAUAUUUGGUUA